CCUUACCGCAUAAAAUUUGGGAGAAUCAAUUGGCUCUUAACAAGAGCUGAAUCAAGUUGAAACGAUGUUUUCUCUCUUUGGGUCUGUCAAGGGGUCAAUCAAGCUUCCUUCAGUGAACAUAGACAAUGCACUGUUUCGGCUCCAUUACAAGGUCUCGUUUGUGUUCUUGUUUGCCUGUGCCAUUUUGGUCACAGCCAAGCAAUACCUCGGUGAUCCCAUAGAUUGCAUUGUUGAGGAAAUCCCUCAAAAUGUAAUGGACACGUAUUGCUGGAUUCACUCGACAUUCUCCAUUACGAAUGCCGUGUUUGGUCGAGAGGGGUUUGAUAAUGCUCAUCCAGGUGUGGCCCCACCAAAUGAAGAGAGUUUCCAAUACCAUAAAUAUUACCAAUGGGUGGCACUCACUCUAUUCUUCCAAGCCUGUUUAUUCUACUUACCGCAUUAUAUUUGGAAAUACUGCGAGGAUCACAAAAUGAAGAUUCUCACAGAAGGCAUCUGCGUGCCAAUUGUGGACAACGAAGUCAGACAAAGUCGAAUCAAUGCGUUGGUCGCCUACUGCAUACGCAAUAAGGGCAAGCAUGACCCGUACGCCAUGAAAUUCUAUAUGUGCGAGUUGCUGAACUUCAUCAACAUCAUGAUCCAGAUUUUCUUCACCGAUUUCUUCUUGGAUGAACAGUUUACAAAAUAUGGAUCCGAAGUAGUGUAUAUUUCAGAAAAGGACUUGAGCGAAAGAGGAGAUCCUUUAGAUCGUGUAUUUCCUAAAGUGGCCAAGUGCACCUUCCACAAAUUUGGUCCGUCAGGUACGAUUGAAAAGUUCGAUGGCUUGUGCAUCCUACCGUUGAACAUCAUCAAUGAAAAGAUCUACGUGUUCUUAUGGUUCUGGUUCAUUAUCCUGGCUAUCAUUAGUGGUUUUCAUGCCCUGUAUCGCUUGGCCAUGAUCUGUAUGCCGAACUUUCGAAAAAAGGUUCUAAAACGCCAAGCCAAAAUGACAGUUUCUGGAGAUUUAGAAGAACUUUGCAAGGACAUGAAAUUAGGCGAUUGGUUCCUGUUUCACCAACUAGCCCGGAACGUGGAUUCUUUCAUUUUUGCCAAGUUCGUGCAAAAUUACUUGAGACCAGAAGAGGACGAAGCACAAGACCACCACAAGCCAAAAGACAAUGAGGAUCCAGAAAAGGUUCCUCUUAUUCCAUUUGAGCCGCAUGAAGGAAACUUAUACCCAAAUGCUCAUGAGGUAGAACGAGCCAUGAAUACUACUCCUCCCUCGGGUCAGUCACCAACAACGUCUAAGGAACCAAAUGCAAGUCAAAAUGAAAAUACACCCCUUCCCGCUCCUUCAAUAGAACAGGUUGAUCCAUCACCAAGUUCGUCAGAGCAACCAAAUAACCGUCAAGUUGCUUCCUCACCCACUCCGUCAUCAGAGUCUCCCUCUGAGUCAAGAGUCGAAGAUGAUCCUGCUAAUAAGGAUCCCCUUCUUGAGCCUGUGAAGGUACAAGUUUUGAAGGAAACGUCGGAACCGUCGAAAUCAGCAGAGACCCAAACUAUGUCCUCUCAAAUGGACCGAGAGGGAGUUAUUCCCAGUUCAAAGUCUUCUGAAGUGCCAAAAUCAGAAGCCAGCUUUGCAAUGGAAGAAAAACCAUCAAAAAGUUAUGAUACGUAAAUCCAGGGUUGAAGAAAAUGAUUGCACGAUUUGAGAAAAUUUAAAUAUUGGACAAACCAAUCAUAUUCAAGGGAAAAAAAUGAAUAAAACCUAAUCGACAUGCAAAAAAAGAA